UCGUUAGGAGAUUAUUGAUAUGCGUGUUUGAUUGCUGUGACCAGUGUCCCUUUUAGUAAACAUACAAAUCCUGUCUUAAAAGUUCGUCUGCAGUUGUAUUCUCAUCUGAAAGAUGUAUCCCCAAUUUACCUUGAAACGCUGCAACAAGGACAACUUUUAGAUUGCCUUCCAAAAGGAUGUCUCAAGAAAAUGUAACUUUGAAGAAGCUGCAUGACAAAGCCGCAAUGAAUAUACAAUGUCUAGAAGAUAUGAUAGCCGCACAACUAUCUUCUCUCCAGAAGGUCGUUUAUAUCAGGUCGAAUAUGCAAUGGAAGCGAUUGGAAAUGCAGGGAGUGCAAUAGGUAUCUUAGCUAAAGAUGGCGUAGUUUUGGUAGGUGAAAAGAAGGUUACCUCAAAGCUUCUUCAGACUUCAACAUCCACUGAAAAGAUGUAUAAGAUUGAUGACCAUGUUGCAUGUGCUGUGGCUGGAAUAAUGUCAGAUGCCAACAUCCUCAUCAACACAGCUAGAGUACAAGCUCAACGGUAUACUUUUUCUUAUCAAGAACCAAUGCCUGUUGAGCAGCUAGUUCAGUCUCUGUGCGAUACCAAACAAGGUUACACACAGUUUGGUGGGCUUCGUCCAUUUGGUGUCUCGUUUCUCUUUGCAGGGUGGGAUAAGAACUAUGGUUUCCAACUGUACAUGAGUGAUCCAAGUGGUAACUAUGGUGGUUGGAAGGCAGCAGCCAUCGGUGCUAACAAUCAAGCAGCACAGUCAAUGUUGAAGCAGGACUACAAGGAUGAGAUCACAAGAGAGGAAGCGGUUCAACUUGUUCUGAAGGUUCUCAGUAAGACUAUGGACAGUACAAGUCUUACUUCAGAGAAGCUUGAGCUAGCAGAGGUGUUCCUUGUCAAUGGUAAAGUCAAAUACCAGGUGCACUCGCCAGAAUCCCUGAACAAAUUGCUUGUACAGUAUGGAUUAACUCAACCUGCAGCAGAUGCCUAGAGUCAUUCACCAAAUUUGGGCAUGGUUCGGCUUUCUCUUUUGCAUAUUUUUUUUUUCAGUUCUAUAAUUAUGUUGCAAGGUCAUCUACAAAAUUCGUGUUUAAAAAUACCCCGUGAGAUUUUUCUGAUUCUAUUUCACUUGCUAAGAUGGUGAACCCUUUUCAGACUUGCUUUGUGGCUUGACCUAAUGCAAAUUCUAUGUUUGAAGGUGAUAUUAAGGUUUAAAUCCUCAGUUAUUCAUAU